CUCCCUCCUUCACUCCCUCCUCCUCCUCUCUCUGAACCUCGUCAGUCUGAGUAGAACACAGACAGGAUAGGACACGGUGGGGACAACCACCACGUUAACUGCGUAGCAGCGUGUGUGUGUAUGUGUGUGUGUGUGUGUGUGUGUGUGUGGAGGGUGUGUGUGGGUUGGUGUUGAAGCAAGACCUCCAAGUUUGUGUUUGAAAAUAGCGGGGAGUGAUAAGUGUGUGUGUGUGUGUGUGUGUGGUAGACGAAGAGGCAUCACCGUUCUAGCUGUGUUUUCUAUCAUCUUCCAGAGGUGCAGAAUAUCUAGAUGUCUUCAAAGGAGGAGCUUUGAAAACCAGCUGGUCUCGGUGUCCAUUAAGUGGAGUGGAUUUUAAGGGGCCUUAGACGGGGACCUCAGUUCCUUGCUUGUCCAAAGUGCACUUCAGUAGCUCCACCCAGGGACUUGUGGGUCCUUAGCCCCUAAUGACUUUAUCACUCAGUGAGUCCUGAGCUGUAAUCAAAGACUCCCCCUUCUCAGUAGACGUCAGCCUACAAGGAUUAACGACAGUUGCUUCAAACAUGGUUUGACCGCUUGUUUUGAAGUCCUUUGGGGUUAGCGACAUUAGCGUCCCUCUAUAAAGACCAGCAAUGAGUGUGUCUCAGCCCAUGGGGGGCAUGAACGGCCCCAGCAUGAGGCUACCCCUACUCAGCAGUGGCGACCAAAACGGCAAUGCCUUUCCUGUCUCCUCUUCCUCCUCCUCCUUCUCCUCUCCAGACUCCCUGCGGAGCCUGAGCAGUCUUAGUGGCGGUCGCACCGAGAGCCCACUGGACGUCGACAUGGAAUGUGUCAUGACCACCAAAAUGGACGCCGCCUUACUUGCACGGGAACCACCUCGGACUGCAUUCUCCGAGUCCAACGACAACUCUGUGUCCGUCUAUGUCGACGCCGACGAGGACACCUGGAAUGACAAUCUGACACUUGCUGGGAUACGGGAGCAUAGCAUUGGCGUCCAUGCUGAUCACCCCUACGAAGUCACCAGUGUUGCAAGCAGCGGGAGGAGGGACUCCGCCCCGGACUCCGAGGCCACGGAGAUCCCCGGCGAUGAAGACGACGAGGAGGGGUUGUUCUUGUCAGUGAGCUCGGACGUGGCGAUCAGGAGAACCAGCCUGAGUGAAUCGCAGCAGCUCCCCGGCAGCGCGGGGUCCUUCCUUGAGGACUUGACCCCCGCCGCGGCUUCCCUCAGGGCUCAUCACGCCGCCACCCUGCCUGACCUUUGUGAGGGCCUUCAGGGGAGGAAGAGUCCUCACGCUGGGCCACACAGCUUGGAGAACAGGGGUAGUUGCUCCCCGGGUCUUUCGGGUGUGGAGGUUCUGUGGGUCGGCGUGGAUCUGACCAAGGAGGAUUGUCCACAGGGUGUUCUCGCUGUUGGAGAGGCAGCAGAGACGAAGUCUGGUGCGCGUCAAAGCUCCAAAGUUGUGGAGUUGGCAGUGCCCCCUUUCAUCGCUCCCCAGUCCCCAAAUGAGGGAACUGAGGGGCAGAGCGUUGCCCUCCGUAAGACUAAGGGGUACUCGGGGGCAACGCAGAGCAAACCCCACCCAACAGUAGCCAAGGCUACAAUCGUUGCUACACCCAAACUUGGUAAAACUGACAUCAAGAGGUUCCCUAAACCCGACCUGAAGAAUGUCAAGUCUAAGAUCAUGUCCAGGCCUGCCAUUGCACCCAGAACAGCCAAUCGGAUGCAAGGAAAAGCUGCUUUGGCCAAUGAAAAGAGCACCUCAGAUGGGCUCCAAAGGAAAAGGUCAUCCUUGGGUCAAAAAGCCAUCCUGAAACCAGGACUCCGACCCAAUCAAAACACAGGGCCCAGAGUAUCGAACCACUCACAGAAAAGGAGAAGGGGCACUGUAGCCAGUGGCAUUCGCUCUGCCUCUAGCAGCUCUCUGGGUUCAGAGGUGACUGCGGAUGGGCCCCAGAGGACCCGUAGGGGGGCUGACCAGGAUGUGCCUGUUCCGGCUGGCGCUACAAAGGACCACACACAGGAUGAGACCCCUGCAAAACUGCGGAGAAGCAGUGGCAACAAGGUCUCCUCCAAACUGGGGCCCUCCUCUGCCAGGCAGCUGCCCCAGCCCAGAGGCAGGGGGGCCGGGGGAGCCAGCCGUGCCGUGGGGAACUCCCUGUCCUCCACCUCCCCAGCUUCAGCAGAAGGGAGUCCAGGCUCCAGACUGCCCCCACCAACUCCUCCCGCGACGGGGAAGGACGUCCAGACCACUGGGAGUGGCUCUCCACCGAGGGGACGACCAACCCAGUUAGUCGGUGUUCCAAAAUCGCGCGUCGCCGACCGACCCUCAGGAUUGGCUGCCCCCACUGUGGUGACCCCUCAACCCAAGCCGUCCCUCAACCUGGGCACUGGUGCUCCUCGGCCCGCCGCCGCCGCUUCCAAACUGCCUGUGAAAAACCUUCCCACUAGUGUCAGCUCGUCCACCCUGGGCAGCGACUGUAGCGGAGCUAUAGCAGCCCCUAGUAAAGUCCCAGCUCCAGAGGUUGUGGUGGCAGGAGGGUGUAAGCCAGAGGAGAGGCCCAGCCGCCAUGCAGUUCCACUGGUCAACCAGCUCACUGUUAAGGCCCCCUGCACCAAUACCAAGGCCCCGGGGUUUCGUUCAAGAGCUCCAUCGCUACCGGGAAGAAGCACCGCGACCGGACUCCGGACACCCACGGUGAGCGCUCAGGUGGCGGGGAAGCCGGCCCAGACACCACUACAGAGGGCCGGCUCAGCCAGACUCAACCGGCCCGCCGCUGCAGCCACAGUGGACAAAAACAAGACGCGUGGGGCGCCAAGGGCCCCCCCCCAGACUGGCUCAACCGCCCACUCUGGAGGACCCAACCAGCUGCCCCAGCCGGACCUGGUCCCCGCCGUCCCGGUGCCGAUGCCGCCCCGCCCUGCUCUGGUGGAGGAUAAGCCGGCGGCGGCUGCCCAGAACCAGUGGGAGAAGAAGAACCAGUGCGUCCAGCAGCUCCGGAGACUACUGGCGCAAGGCAACCGGCGGAUUGAGGCCCUGGCUACCGUGGUGCAGCACCUCUUCAGCGAGCGUGAAGAUGCACUGAAGCUGAAGAAAGGACUGUCCUUGGAACUUGCUAAUCUGCGCGAUGAGCUCGUCUCCUCGUCCCAGUGCUGUGAGCGACUGCAGAAGGAGAAGGAGGAGGUGCACGCGUCGCUGGAGGAGGCCGUGGGGAGGCUCCAGGAGGAGCACCAGGCUGAGUUGACCGGGCUGGAGGAGAGGCUCCGAGCCUUCUACCAGGCGGAGUGGGACAAGGUGCACCAGGCUUACCAGGAGGAGGCUGACAAAUGCCGCGCCCUCAUGGAGCAACAGCUGGAGGAGAUGAGGUGCAGACAGGAGGCCCUGAGGAAAGAGCAGGAGGCCAGCCAUGCUCAGCAGAUGGACAAUCUCAAACUAACAUACAACACCUCGGUCCAAGGCCACCUCAAACUUGAGCUCAGGAGAACUCAGGAGCAGGACUUGGAGAACCUAGACAAAACACUGAAGGAGACUGAGGCAACGCUUAAUGAAAAAAUCCAAGACCUGACGUCGGAGAACGAGGUGCUGAGUGAGAAGCUGCGAGCUGAGGAGGAGAGGAGGAUUUUGGCAGAGAAGAACCAGAAGGACUCCCAUGUGCUGUAUCUGCAACAGGAGCUGGAGAGUCUGAAGGUUGUUCUUGAGAUUAAGACCACACAGCUUCACCAACAGGACAAGAAACUCAUGCAGAUGGACAAGCUGGUGGAGGCCAAUGUGAAGUUGGAGGAACGCCUGAACAAAGUACAGCAGGAGAACGAGGACUACAGAGCCCGCAUGGACAAACACACAGCCCUAUCCAGGCAGUUAUCCAGUGAACAGGCUGUGUUGCAGCAGACACUACAGAAGGAGUCCAAGGUCAACAAGCGCCUCUCCAUGGAGAACGAGGAGCUGCUGUGGAAGCUGCACAACGGGGACCUGGCCAGCCCCCGACGCCUCUCGCCCUCCUCGCCCUUCCACUCGCCCCGAAACUCAGCCUCCUUCCCCAACACCGCCGCCCCACUCUCGCCCACCAGAUAACGCCACACCCAGCGGGACAGAGGACGGUGUUUGGGGGGCUGGAUGAAAGCGUGCGUGUUCAUUAAUGUUCUCCAACACACCGUAAAGACCCUACCCCUGCGACCCACAUCACUAACCCCAGCCCCUCAAGGAAACCUAGCUGUUCCAAACACGGACGGACUACUUCACACCAUGACGUUGCGGUUUUGGCCUCGGCCACCUAUGACUUGUACAAAGAUUUUUUUUUUUUCUUGCUCC